UCAGGGGGUGGAAAAAAAAAACACACAAAAAAAAAGACGGGACGCCCUCCUUCUCUUCCUCCUGUGUGGGCGAAUAACGGUGCAUGAGAAGUUAUUGCAGCCAGACAAUAGCGCCAGUCCGUAUUACACACACACACACGCGCGCACACGCGCACGCACACACAGGAUCCAAGCUGGGGUGUUCCACCAUGGAGGAUUUGGGAGUGCCUGAGCCACUUAACUACCCUCUCAGUCCUCGUAUUGUUGUCUUUGAUUCAAUAGAGUCGCGACUCUUCCACACAGACGCGCUCCUCGCUGAUUUGGAGAACACCGGCUCCCCUCUCGCUCGUUGCCCGGUCCUCCUAACAUCAGAUCCGCCAAUACACGCCGAUCCGGCCAAGCAGAACCCUGCCGAGGCCCGGCCGCCGCCACCCGCCUACACCCCACAGCAGACAGUUUCUGCCGCCAUGAAGACCUCCCAAAAUUCCAACCCAGACAAACUGUACAGCACAGUGUGUAAAUCCCGCUCUCCCCGCUCAGCUGAUCCUCCUCCUCCCCCUCCUCCUCCUCCAGCCUUCUCCUCCUCAUCACUACUCGGAGGAGGUCUGAGUGAACUGGACCAUCUGCUGCAGGAGCUGAACGCCACGCAGUUCAACAUCACAGAUGAGAUCCUGGCCCAGUUUCCCACUUCUAAAGAUGACAAGAUAAAAGAUAAGGACUACACCGUUUCCAACUCUGCAAAACCUUCAGCGACAUCCGCCACGCUGGAGUUGGACAAACUGAUGGCGUCUCUCUCCGACUUCCGUGUUCAAAGCACACCGGCUGUGGCCGUCAGUCCAGUGAUUACGACAACAACAGCAACAACGGCAGCAAUAACACCGCAGCAGCAGCAGCCGGUCUCUCCACAAGCUUCAUCGGGCGGCUCGUUGGACAGCAUGCUGGGGCUCCUCCAAUCAGACUUGAGCCGACAAGGGGUUCAAACAUCCUCCAAAGGAAACUGUUCAGCCUGUCAGAAACCGGUCGUGGGACAGGUGGUGACGGCCCUGGGCAAGGUGUGGCACCCCGAGCACUUCGUGUGCACAGAAUGCGAGACAGAGUUGGGCAGCCGCAACUUCUUCGAGAAGGACGGGCGGCCGUACUGCGAGUCCGACUACUUCGCGCUCUUUUCCCCUCACUGCGCGCACUGCAACAAGCCCAUACUAAAUAAAAUGGUGACUGCCUUGGACAAGAACUGGCACCCUGAGUGUUUCUGCUGCGUCAAGUGCGGCCGCACGUUUGGCGAGGAAGGCUUCCACGACCGCGAGGGCCAGCAGUACUGCCAGCAGUGCUUCCUGACUUUGUUCGCCUCUCGCUGUCAAGGCUGCAGCCAGCCCAUCCUGGAAAACUACAUCUCAGCCCUCAACUCUCUGUGGCACCCACAGUGUUUCGUAUGCAGGGAGUGUUACAGCCCCUUCGUCAACGGCAGCUUCUUCGAGCACGAGGGCAAGCCGCUGUGUGAGGCCCACUACCAUCAGUCGCGGGGCAGCGUGUGCCAGGCGUGCCAGCAGCCCAUCCUGGGUCGCUGCGUCACCGCCAUGGGAGCCAAGUUCCACCCCCACCACCUGGUGUGCCACUUCUGCCUGAAGCCGUUGAGCAAAGGCUGCUUCAAGGAGCAGGAGAACAAGCCCUACUGCCACCCGUGCUUCAUCAAGCUCUUCGGCUGAGGAUGCGGACGACCUCCUCCUCCUCCCUUGUUGUUUUAUUUUUAUUUUUUUAUUUCAUACUAUGGCAAUGAGGGUGGAGCUGGUCUCUUUCUUGUUUUUUUAAAAAAGAGUACAGUGAACCCCUGCUAAUCACAUGGGAUCGGGAACGAGCCACGAUUUAGUGACAUCCCCCAAAAGGGUUGAUAAUUUCCCAUGAAUGCCAUAAAAUGGUGGCAAAACACGAAGCUCCGCAAUUCACUUCAACAUUGUUCCAUGGCACCAAGAUGCCAUCAAAGCACUACAUGAAGGUCGUCAUCUUGCUUCAACAUCGUUCUUUGGCAACAAGAGGGCGUCAACGCACUACACGAAGUGCCUCAGUUCACUUCAACCUAGUUCCUUGUCACCAAGAUGCCACAAGAUGGCAGCCAUGUACUACAUAAAGAUCCUCAACUCGCUUCAAUGUCAUUUCUUGGCAUCAAGAGGCCAAAAGGUGACGCCAGAGCAAUACUUUUAUAUUUGACAGUGCUUUGGCCCAACCACAAAAAAAGUCUGUGAAUAUGCAAGGGAACACUGUACUGAAUUAAAAAGAACUCGGAAUAGUUUUCUAUUUGCAAAAAAAAGGGGACAUACAACUGAAAGAAGUACAAAGUAUUAAUAAGACCAGGGGUGGGCAACAUAUGGCUCGGGGCGCUCCGUUCUUUAAUCAGCCCCACCAAGCAUUUCCAUGAACAAGAGUCCUAUAAUCAUUUUUGGAUUCAUUUAGUUAUUUUCCCCCCUGAUUUUGGUUAAUUAAGAUAUAUUUAUUUCUUUUUUUUCUUAUUCCUUAAUAUCAUGAAAUAAUUAUCGAAUUAAUUUAUGGGUAAGUAUUUUAAAAAAUAUAUGCAAACACACAGUAGUAUGUACAUUUAUUUUUGAAUCUAUUUUACACAUAAAUAUUAUGAAUUUACAAACAAUUUAAAAAUAACAAUGAAUUCAUGUUUUUUUUUGGGGGGGGGGAAUAAGCUAUUUUACAUAUAGUAUUGUACAUUUUUAUUCCCCCCCACCUCAUCUACAAAUGAUCUUAGCCAUCUGUCCAUUUUAAAAAUCAUAUGUGGCCCUUGAGCACAAUAAUUUGCCCACCCCUGACUUUAAUCGGCUUAAAAUAAUUGUUUUUUGUUGUUGUUUUUUUACAUGCUUGUAUGUUUUACGUAAUGUGCUGAUUCCAAUGGCUUUUUCUACCAAAGAUAGAAAACAAUAAAUAUAUUGGAGGAUUGUUUUAGGCUGCAGACCAAAUAAAUGACUGCACGUAUUUUUAUGUUUUAUAUUGUCCGCUACCGCUACAUAUAUGUUGAGUAGGACCAAUUAAGCUGUCACACGCUAAAUAUCGGUUUACAUUAUUGUUUCACAAAUACUGUAUGCACUUUGCCAAAAACUCUUCCAAAGAAUAAAAAAAAAAAAAACACA